AUGCCCCGGAACGCCGGAGCAUCCACGAGCCAGGCGGGGUAUUACUACCCCGAGAUGCCGAUGCAAUCCUACGGCGGAAACGAUUACCAAUACCACAACCCACCAGUCCAACAAACUCAGCAGCAAGUCUAUUACGAUCCCAAUAAUCAGGGCUAUUAUUAUCCAAAUGGGACAUACUACGGCUCCGCAUACCAGGAGAUGUCGCAGCGCAUCACCAUCCGUCCAUACCGACCAUCUGACCACCCACACAUCCGCGCGCUGCUGUUCGAGGGAUUCGUGACCAGCAAGGACAGCUUCACAUACGUCGCGCGCCGCCGAUUCCUUCUUAAAGCCCCGUGUCUCCUCGGCUAUCUCCUCAGCGCUAGCGGACUAGGACUCGGGCUGGUUCUGACCCUACGGACGCCCCUCCUUCCUCUUCCGCCCUUCCUCCUCCGCGUUCCUCCACGCGCAGCCAUUGGUGCGGGUGCGCUCCUGUUUGGGUUGGGCGCGGCUAUGGUUGGCGCGAUAUGGACCGGCAUCCCGCGCGCAAUCCGGCAUUUCUGUGAGAAGGCGCUGCGCUCCGACCUCGCGCCUGGGAGGGACGGGAUCGAGGGCGUAUAUGCAGCACCUGGAGUAUUCCUCGUCGCUACCAUGCCGGUCGACGGGAGUAAGGAAGGGCCGGAGGAGGAGAAGCCGGAGGAGGAGGAGAUUGUUGGGUACAUCGGCCUUGCGUGCUACACAUCCAGCGAAAAAUCGGCGUCGCCCCUGGUCACCGCUGAAAUCAGGCGCAUGGUCGUCUCUGCCCGCCUCCGGCGCCGUGGCAUCAGCACUCAGCUCAUGCAGCGCGUCAUCGCCCACUGCGAGACCCUAUCUCCCAUCCGAGUGAGCCUCAGCACGACGGAGUUCCAGCCCAUGGCGAAGCGGUUGUACGAGAAACUUGGCUGGGAGGUCGUCAGCGAACGGACGCUGAAGGACGGCAUUUUCAGCGCCCGGAUGUGGACGCUGAGUCGAGAGCUUUGAGCUUGAAAUGCAUUUAAAGGGAAAUUGAAUUUACGACAGCUAGACGAUAUACUGACUCGUUAGAGGAACACAAAGAAGCACAUACUGACUAUGUACAUAGACCUAUCACUGCACUGCACGAAUCUGAACAUGAAAUGAUACUUCCACGGCAUGCUAGACUCUAUAGGUACCCCAUGAGAAUCG